AUGACUACAGCGCAUAGGCCAACAUACAGACCUGCUAUAGGUGGUAGUGAAUAAGGUGGAAAUAAAAUGCUUGUUCAUUCAAGAUCCUAUCAUUCAAAAGACUUGCCUGCUUAUUUGAUAUUGAAAAUGAGGAAGCCUGGAUAAGGUACAUAGGCAGAAUUGGAAUAAAAGGAUUUUAAGAUGGACUUAUUAAAAAGAGAGGAAGAAGGAAGAAGACAAAGGGAAUUAAAGGCUUUGGGAGUCUCUGAAACUUCAUUAGCCAUAGAAGCAACACAAAAAAGUAGAAACUUUUUUAAAUUAUUAAUUAGAUUAAAAUAAAGAUGUUCAAGAACCCCAAAUAUUGAAAAAGACUAAAGUAGAAGAAAAGGAAAUUUAUUCUUAAGAUGCUGAUGAUAAAGAAUUUAUUAAGUCUUCAGAUGAUGAAGAAGAAAAUGCACAAAAGCCUGAAAAGCCUACUGUGUAACAAUAGGAAUUGAAAAUCGAAGAAAAUUCAUCAUCCUCCUCAAGUGAUGAAGAAGAUGACGAUGAAUUAUUAAUGAGAGAGUAUCAAAAAAUUAAAGAGCAAAGGGAAAUUGAGGAAAAAAAAAAAGUAAUUAAAUUAGAUUUAUAUUAUAGAUUUUAGAGAAAUAAGAGUAUUUGGAAAAGAAUAGGGAAGAAGAGAUUAUUAAAGGAAACCCGUUAUUAAUUAGUGAGGAUUAUUCUCUUAAAAAAAAGUAUAUUUUCAUAAAUCAUCCAUUUUAGAUGGUAUGAAGAUACAAUCUUCAAAAACCAAUCGAGAUUAGAAGUAAAAGAAAAAUAAAGAUUUAUUAAUGAUGCUGUUAGAAGUGAUUUUCAUAGGAAAUUCUUAAAUAGAUAUAUCUAAAUGUGA